AUGGUCGGGCAAACGAGGAAUAAGCUCAAAGAAGCGGCUGCAGAGCCGUUGCCCUCUUCCCGCGCCCCGCAGUCUAGGCGGCGGCGCCGGGCCACGGGAGCCGGGGAGCCGGAGCUGGAGGAGGAGCCGGAUAAGGAGGUGGAAAAGCGGGAGCUGCCUUUGCCUUUAGGCGGCGGGAACCUGCCAGGGGGGGCCCGGGAAUAUUCGCCACGGAGGACCCGAAACCUGAAUACUCAGAAUUGCUUGCAACUGGAAGUGGUCGAAAGAACCCUCCUCGGCCGCAUCCAAUUCCAACUCGUCAACUUUUUGGUGGAUCAACUCCGCGAGAAGGUGCUCUUGCUGCGGAGAAGUCAGUUCUCAAGAAAGACCACUUUGGGUAUAGCCAUCUUUGUGGGAUUUUUGCACUGGAUACACUUAGUAACACUUUUUGAAAAUGAUCGUCAUUUCUCUCACCUCUCAUCUUUGGAACGGGAGAUGACUUUUCGCACUGAAAUGGGACUUUACUAUUCUUACUUCAAGACCAUUAUUGAAGCACCUUCCUUUAUGGAAGGAUUAUGGAUGAUUAUGAAUGACAGGCUUACUGAAUACCCUCUUGUAAUUAAUACAGUGAAACGCUUCCAUCUUUAUCCAGAGGUGUUGAUAGCUUGCUGGUAUCGCACAUUUGUGGGAAUAAUGAAUUUAUUUGGGCUAGAAACUAAGACCUGCUGGAAUGUUACCAGAAUACAACCUCUAAAUGAAAUUCAGAGCUGUGAAGGAUUGGGAGAUCCUGCUUGCUUUUAUGUCGAUGUGAUUUUUAUUUUAAAUGGAAUAAUGAUGGGAUUAUUCUUCGUAUAUGGCACAUAUCUGAGUGGGAAUCAACUUGGAGGUCUAAUUACAGUAUUAUGCUACUUUUUCAACCAUGGAGAGGCUACUCGUGUGAUGUGGACACCACCUCUCCGAGAAAGUUUCUCAUAUCCAUUUCUUGUACUUCAGAUGUAUAUUUUAACUUUUAUUCUGAGGACCCCGAGUUUUGGUAGAAGGCGUUUUAUUGCUCUCUGUCUCUCCAAUGUUGCUUUUAUGCUUCCUUGGCAGUUUGCUCAGUUUAUACUUUUUACACAGAUAGCUUCAUUAUUUCCCAUGUAUGUUGUGGGGUACAUUGAACCAAACAAAUUUCAGAAGAUCAUAUAUAUGAACAUGAUUUCAGUUCUCCUCUGUUUUGUGUUGAUGUUUGGAAAUCCAAUGUAUUUAUCUUCUUAUUAUUCUUCAUCUUUGUUAAUGACAUGGGUGAUUAUUCUAAAGAGAAACAAAAUUCAAAGAUUGGGAGUGUCUGAACUCAACUUUUGGCUAAUUCAAGGUUUAGCUUGGUUGUCUGGAACAAUCAUUUUGAAAUUUCUGACAUCUAAAAUCUUAGGCGUUUCAGACCAUAUUCGGCUGAGUGACCUUAUAGCAGCCAGAAUCUUAAGGUAUACAGAUUUUGAUACAUUAAUCUACACCUGUGCUCCUGAAUUUGACUUCAUGGAAAAAGCGACUCCACUGAGAUACACAAAGACAUUACUGCUUCCAGUUGUUAUGGUGAUUACUGGCUUUAUCUGUAGAAAGACUUUCCGUGAUGUCUUAUGUGUCUUAUCUGCAAACACUUAUUUAAGAAAACAGCUCCUUGAAAAUGGUGAGCUAAUUUUCCACACAUUGCAGUUGUUAGCAUUUACUGCCCUUGCUGUUUUAAUUAUGAGACUGAAGCUGUUUUUGACACCCCACAUGUGUCUUAUGGCCUCCUUGAUAUGCUCUCGACGGCUCUUUGGCUGGGUUUUUAGAAGAGUUCGUUUUGAGAAUUUUAUAUUUGGCAUUGUGACAGUGAUGUCCGUACAAGGCUGUGCAAACCUCCAUAAUCAAUGGAGCAUAAUAGGAGAAUUUAAUAAUUUGCCUCAGGAAGAGCUGAUACAAUGGAUUAAAUACAACACCAGACCGGAUGCUGUUUUUGCAGGUGCUAUGCCUACAAUGGCAAGUGUCAAGCUCUCAACUCUUCACCCCAUUGUGAAUCACCCUCAUUAUGAGGACGCAGACUUGAGGGCUCGGACAAAAAUAGUUUAUUCCACAUAUAGUCGAAAAUCUGCAAAAGAAGUGAGAGAUAAAUUGUUGGAGUUACAUGUGAAUUAUUAUGUUUUAGAAGAGGCAUGGUGUGUUGUGAGAACUAAACCUGGUUGCAGUAUGCUUGAAAUAUGGGAUGUGGAAGACCCUUCCAAUGCAGCUAACCCUCCCUUAUGUAGCAUCUUGCUCAAAGAUGCAAGGCCUCACUUCACCACAGUGUUUCAGAAUAGUAUGUACAGAGUACUGAAGGUUAACUGA